UUGACGCUCUGCAUUCUGGGAGUUGUCGUUCAAGACUCUCAGAGAAACUGAGUGUGAACCACAUUUCCCAGCAGCCACUUGGCCAUGGCCAGGCUAGUGUAGUGCCUGAAGGCCCUACAGGCCCUAGCUUUAGACAUUAUCUGAAACCAGGGGGUGGGCUUGUCUCUCAUGUAAGGAGCCAAAGAGUCUACAAAGUCUUGGGCUGUAGAACCAUCUAUUUUUGUGGAAGGAGAAGCUGCCUUGGUCGACUAAGCCCAGGCUCAGGUGGGGCAUGGUGAUGCUGCCUCUCUUGCCCAGAUAUUGGCACUUGGCAGCUGGGAUACCAGCAAGGAACUGGUUUCUGACUGGUGGAGGAGGCCUUCCUAGGCAGGAAACAUGGAGUGGCACCUGCCAACUAAUACCUCGCUUGCUCUCAACCAGCCCUGGCAGCAGAAGUCAAGAUCCCUCUCAACCCAAAGAGCCCAGGCCGGAGAGCAGGGAAGCCCUCAAGGAGUGGGCCCUGGCUGUGUGCCCCUUUGGCUCACUGAAGGCCCGCCUCCCUUGCCACAUCACUCUGUGCCCCCUGGACCCCCACAAGCACCCUGAUGGAGACAGGGUUUUCGUGACCGUGAAAGGGGCCAACGCCGAGAUGCACCACCCAAGAUCAAGCCUGGAUUUUUUGCAGGUGAAAUACGACGAGGGACUUAAGCAAGUGAGCAUCAUCUCAGGUGGCGUGGACAGUGCUGCCUCGGUGGAUGUGAGAAUGCCCAUGAAAUUUGACUUGGAUAUCAAGACAUCAGGAAAUGGCUGUGUAAAAGUUGAGAAAAUUGAAUGUGAUAGCUGCAGAAUAGAAACAGAGAGGGGAACGAGCGUUCUUCAAUCAGUGAAGAGUCAGAAACUUGACAUCCAGGCCAAAGGAGGGAAAGUUAUCUGCUUGGGAACAAUUCAGGGAAACACUGAUAUUCAUGUGACACAAGAAAGUACUGUGAGUAUAGAAAAGCUACAAGGUUCAUCGGUUAAUAUUUCUACGACAAAUGGUUUCAUAAAAACCAAAUAUCUUUAUGCAGAAUCUUCAUUUCUGUCUUCAGCAGCUGGUGACAUUUUACUAGGGAACAUUCACGGUGAUACAACCCUUCAAACUAAAACAGGAAACAUUACAGUUGAUUCUGCAGAUGGCUCCCUAAAGGCAUCUACACUUCAAGGGGAAAUCGAUGUUUAUGUUGUCAGUCGACUGGGAGACGUGGAUCUGAAAUCUGAGAAUGGUGCUGUUACUGUCAAGGUACCUGCCACUCUUAAUGCUGAUCUGCAGUUAUCUGGAAGCAAGGUUGAAGUGAGCCCAGAGAUUCAUUGGCAGGAUAUCCAGAAAGUCUCCAGAGAAGAUCGUAUCGUUGUUACUGGCCAUAUGAAUCAGAAGGAUGAAAAAGGAAAACAUAUUAAAGCGGAGACAGAAAAUGGCACAGUUAAUCUCAGAAGUCAGACCUGGUUCCAGUCUAUGAAGCUGAAAGCGGCAUGAUAGAGCCUCGCCUACAUAAAUCAAGGAGCAACAAAUCCUGCCUGCAAAUUAUGUUGAUACUACUUUGAAGUGAAUGUGUGGGUUUGUACCUAAUGUUUGUUUAUAAAAUGCACGGAUGCAUACUAUGUUAUUUAUUAUGACUUUUUGAUUUCAAACAACCAUAUGUGCAGAAAUCAUGAAAAAAUAAUCUGAUUCCCAAAUUUUGUUCAUCAUAAUUCUAAAUGGUGAAACAUUUAGCAAACCUGUAAACUGAAACAAAAAAAUUCCAUAAACAAUUUAAUUGCCAA